AUGGCAGACCAAUCCAACGUUCACGAAGAAGAAAACCCUCUCAGGGGAAAUAACAUCAACGCCCAAACAGGGCAAACGGGAGGAACUCUUGGAGAAAACGCCGGAACUGCUACCGAGCAAACUCCCGCAGCCGUAACCGACCUGUUACUCCAAAUGUUCACUGCUCAGUUCGAAGCCAUCAACAAAAGGAGCGAGGAACGUUUCAGUCAGAUGGCGGCACAGAUCGCCGAACUCAGUCAGACACGAACUCCUCUCCGAGUUCGGAACAUCAUUGACGAUCUCAAUGCCGACGGAGAUCCAACCGGAACUAUGAGGUCUGCCGCGGUCGGGUCAGCAAACCCACCAGCACCGGAUUUAAGCCGAGACGCCGAGUUUGAAGCGAUGAAAGCACAGCUUCGCGAUAUCACCUCAAAAAUACAUCAAGCCACAAGCGCGGCUCCGGAGAUCGAGCGCGUCAUUCAGGAAACACAGAAGACUCCUUUCACAUCGCGCAUCGCAGGGACGCCGGUCAAGCACAUGGAGAAACUGAAGAUGAAAAUCUACGAGGGCAACUCUGACCCUCGACACUUCCUGACAUCGUUCGCUCUCGACUGGUUCUCACGGCUCGAAGCCAAUUCAAUCGACAGCUACAAAGAGUUAACGACGGCCUUCGUCAAGCACUUCUCCAUGUUCAUUGGACAGAAUACCAAGAACUCCGAGCUAUGGCAAAUAGCUCAAGGACCAAGCGAGAGCCUUCGCGACUUCAUCCAGCGCUUCAAGGCAAUCGUCGCCAACUGCACGAUUAUCGACGAAGCCGCUCUCUUAUGCCUUCAGAAAGGAGCUCGGAUAAAGACCAGUUUCCGAAGCGCGAUCACGCAUAACCCACCGCAGACGUUAGAAGAUGCGUUACACCGAGCUAAUACUUACAUUGCUGAAGAAGAAGAAGAAGCUGCGUACGAGCAAAGUCACUCAACAAAACAACCCGAACGUCUGAAACCCGCGACUAACGAGCCGCAGUCGGGAUACGGUCGAGGAUACGAGAACCGCAAGAAACUCUAUGCUAACGCAAUCCAACAACCAAGCAAGCAGUGGAAUAAUAAAUGGGUCCGCGGUGAAGAAGACCAAGACGAGUCGUUAUUCCAUAACCGUAGGGGCCACAGCACCGAAGAAUGCAGGCAUUUGCGAGAAUAUCUACUCGGCCUGUAUCGCAAGGAGCCGAUCUCGGUCGACGAACUCCGACGCUCAAACACGCUUAAGAGCGGUGGGCAACUCUCGAUGCCUCGACCGAACAACGAACAUCUCGAGAAAGCACUCGCCAAAGAUCCACCAACUCCACCGGCUUUACCGACACUACCACCACCGCCACCGAAUCUGCCUGCUUUGUCUGAGCAACAGAAACGGAAUCGCGAUGACCGAGCUCCGGAGAAUCUUGCUCCUAAGGCGCGAAAACGUGUCAACAUGAUAAUGGGGGCCAUCGAAGCUUGCAGUUAUUCCGUUCGAGCCAUCAAGGAAUACAGCAAACAAGCCGCUAGCACACUGAAAACCCCGCAGGAUCCGCCGAAGGGAGCGCCCUUGGUCUUUACCGAGGCUGACACGAUCGGAAUUCACAAGCCGCAUAAUGGCGCUCUCGUUGUCGAUCUACUCCUCGACGACGUCGAAGUUAGCUGCAUUCUGAUCGAUACUGGCAGUUCGGUCAAUGUUAUCUUCAAGGAAGCACUUGACCAGCUCGAGUUGGCGUCGGAUAGGAUUGAUCCGUUCAUCGAGCCACUUACCGGAUUUGAUGGAGAACAUUGUAUGACGAUCGGCACUGUCAUAAUCCCAAUCUACGUCGGCGGAAUCGCAAAGAUGAUCCAGUUCCUUAUCCUCGACAAACCGGCAAUCUACAACGCUAUUCUCGGUACGCCAUGGCUGCACGCAAUGAAAGCGGUCGCUUCGACGUACCAUCAAUGCUUGAAGUUCCCGACCCCCGACGGUGUGUACACACUCCGAGGAGACCAAGCCGUUGCUCGAUCGUGCUACAUAAAUGAGUGCAGACUCCACUCGGCCAACCAAGCUUGCGUUAUUAGUUCGUUCGGACCAACUGACAAGCUCAUCGUCCAAAAGACAAAGCCUAAGCAGGAAUCGAUCGUUCAAGUUAGCAUUGACGAACUCAGGCCAGAGCGUCAAGUUGGAAUUGGUGCCGAGCUCGACCCAGUCAUCCGUGAACCACUCAUUCGUUUCCUGAAACAGCAUACCUCAACCUUCGCUUGGUCGGUAGAAGACAUGCCCGGGAUUGACCCGCAGAUCGCGUGCCACGAGCUCAAUAUCGAUCCGACGUACAAGCCUAUCAAGCAGAAACGCCGAAAGCUCGGGCCAGAGAAAGCGCAAGCCGUGAACGACGAGGUCGAGCGCUUACUCAAAGCUGGAUCUAUCACCGAAGUUAAGUAUCCAGAUUGGUUGGCAAACCCCGUGGUCGUGAAAAAGAAGAAUGGUAAAUGGAGAAUUUGCGUCGACUUCACCGACCUCAAUAAAGCGUGUCCGAAAGAUAGCUUUCCGUUACUUCAUAUCGAUCGCCUUGUGGAAGCAACUGCCGGAAACAAACUACUCUCAUUCAUGGAUGCGUUCUCCGGAUACAAUCAGAUUCUCAUGCAUCCGCAGGACCGAGAGAAGACAUCCUUCAUCACGGACCGUGGCAUCUAUUGCUACAAGGUCAUGCCAUUCGGCCUGAAGAAUGCUGGAGCAACGUACCAACGACUGGUAAACCGGAUGUUCGCGAGCCAGCUCGGACGAACUAUGGAAGUCUACAUCGAUGAUAUGCUCGUAAAGUCACUCAUCGCUUCCGAGCACGUCGGCCAUCUUCGCACAUGCUUUGAUAUCUUGAAUCAAUAUGGUAUGAAGCUUAAUCCAACUAAGUGUACGUUCGGCGUAACAUCUGGAGAGUUCCUCGGAUAUAUCGUCACACGGCGAGGCAUUGAAGCUAAUCCGAAGGAGAUCGCCGCUAUUCUCGAGCUCCCCUCGCCGACAACCAAACGCGAAGUUCAGCGACUUACCGGACGUAUUGCAGCGCUUAACAGAUUCAUAUCUAGAUCAACGGACAAGUGCUUGCCCUUUUACCAACUUCUCCGCGGUAACAAGCACCUCGAAUGGAAUGAGAAGUGUGAAGAAGCCUUCGCCGAGCUAAAGAAAUAUCUGUCCACUCCGCCAGUUCUAUCCAAACCAGAAACCGGCGAGACACUUUAUCUUUACAUCGCGAUUUCGGAGUUCGCAGUUAGCAGCGUUCUUGUUCGAGAAGAUCGCGGCGAACAAAAACCAAUUUUCUACACGAGCAAGUCCCUCGACGGAUCGGAGUAUCGUUAUCCGACUUUGGAGAAGUUCGCCUUUGCCGUGGUUAUUUCUGCACGGAAACUACGCCCGUACUUCCAGUCUCACGCAAUCGUGGUCUUGACCGAUCACCCUCUUCGCACUUUCCUUCAUAGCCCAAGUCAUUCCGGACGACUCGCUAAGUGGGCUAUCGAACUUAGUGAAUAUGACAUCGAAUACCGGAACAGAACGGCAACGAAGUCUCAGGUCCUAGCAGAUUUCUUGGUCGAACUCCCACCGGAGCUCGUCGAAGAUAAUCUGGUCGUACAACCUUGGAUUCUUCAUGCCGAUGGUUCAUCAUCCCAUAAAGGAUCCGGAGUUGGAAUACGUCUCAAAUCACCCGAAGGAGAAGUAAUCGAGCAGUCAUUUCGGCUCGGCUUCCCGGCAUCCAACAACGAAGCCGAGUACGAAGCAUUGAUUGCCGGACUACUACUCGCUAAAGGUAUCGGCGCCGAGCACGUACACCCCUAUUGCGAUUCUCAACUCGUAGCCAACCAGUUUCACGGCGAAUACGAGGCCAAGAACGACCGCAUGGACGCAUAUCUCAAAGUUCUUAAGGAUAUUGCUUCAGAGUUCUCCACCUUCGAGCUUACAAAGAUACCUCGAGACGAGAAUGCAACUGCCGACGCCUUAGCCGCACUCACGACUAAUUCCGAUCCUGAUCUUCGGCGAACUAUCCCGAUCAGGGCCGUCACUUCGAAGACGGCGACCUCGUACUUCGUAAAGUCUAUCAAAACACUGAAGAGAAGAAUGCAGGAAAACUUGGCGCGAACUAGGAAGGACCAUAUCAGAUUAUGA